AUGUGCAACCUACGAUUGCUGAAGAUCUAUAAUGUGAACUUUCAGGAUGUGCACUUGAGAUUCUUCUUUAAAAAUUUACGACUUUUGGAAUGGCACGAAUGCCAGCUAGAAUUAUUUCCAUCUAAUUUUAAAUCAGAGAAGCUGAUUGAAAUCAAGAUGCCUUACAGCCGCAUUAAACAACUAUGGAAUGAAAAGCACUCUCUUGGAAAGUUAAUACUCAUGGAUCUUUCCCACUGCCAAUAUUUAGCCACGACCCCAGACUUCAGUACAGUCCCAAAUCUUGAGCGGUUGAUCCUCCAAGGUUGUAAGGGGUUAUCAGAGGUUCACCAUACGAUCGGGAAUCUUCAGAAACUGGUUCUCUUGAACUUGAAAGGUUGCACAAGUCUAGAGAGUCUCCCCCAAUCCAUCAGCUUGUCAUCCCUCCAAAGUUUUGUUCUGUCUGGAUGUUCAAAACUCCAGGAGUUUCCGCAGAUUGUGGGGAACAUGGAUACGUUAUCAGAACUUUAUCUAGAUGGCACGGCUAUAUUGGAGCUGCCUGAAUCCAUCCAGCAUUUGAAAGGCCUCGUUUUGCUAAAUCUAAAUGGCUGCAGGAACCUUCUCAGUCUUCCAAGCACCCUCUGUAGUGGUUUGACAUCACUGAAAUUUCUCUAUCUGUCUCUAUGCUCAAGUAUGGACAAUCUGCCGGAUAACAUAGGCUGCUUGGAACACUUGGAGGAGCUCGAUGCAUGUAAUACUGCUAUAAGAAAAGUUCCGGUGUCCAUUUCACUCCUCCAGAAUCUUAAACUAUUGUGCUUUCACGGCUGCUCUGGAUCCACAGGUUUAGAGUUGCCAGACAAAUUCUCAGGUUUAGGGUCCUUGACAACACUAAACCUAGGUGGAUGUAACCUCACACAAGGAGCAAUCCCUGAUGACAUUGGUGAUUUAUCCUCACUGCAGAGUUUGGAUUUCAGUGAAAACAACUUUAUUACCAUACCUGAAAGCAUCUCUCAGCUUUCUGAGCUUACAGAAAUUUCUCUAUUUAGAUGUAGCAAACUGCAGUCGUUGCCAUUGCCAAAAGAUCUUCCAUCAAGUCUAAGUAAUGUAAAUGUACGUGGUUGUCCUAUGCUGACAAAUUAUUCAUCUACUUGGAGGAGAUAUCUGCCUCACAAGGGUUUGAGUAUCAUAAACUGUCGGAAACCAGAGGAUGAAAUCUUUCCUGAACUCCAUAAGUUUUCUUUGGAUAAACUGGAAGAAUUCAAUAUUACCAACUGCCAACACUUGACCAGGUUCCCCAAUUUGAAUGAGGUCCCAACACUUAAGAAAUUGAUCCUUGAAGGUUGUGAAAACUUAUCAGAGGUUCAUCCAACAAUUGGGGGUCUUCAACAUCUGGUUUUAUUGAAUUUGAAAGGAUGUGUUAAUCUAAAGAGCCUUCCUCACUCCAUCAGCUUAAAAUCUCUGAAAGUGUUCAUUCUUUCAGGAUGUUCAAAGCUCAAAGUCUUUCCAGAGAUUAAGGGAAACAUGGAAAACCUGUUAGAACUUCAUUUAGAUGGGACGGCGUUAAAGGAUCUGCCUAUAUCAAUGCAACAUUUGAAAGGCCUGAUCUUGAUAAAUCUAAGAGGUUGCAAGAAUCUUUCGACUGUUCCAAACCUUUUCAGUCUGAAAGUUCUCAACUUGUCCUGCUGUUCACGUAUAUCCAUUUUGCCAGUAAACCUGGGGAGCUUGACACAUUUGCGGGAGCUUGAUGCCUCUGAAACUGCCAUAAGAAUUCUUCCUUGGUCAAUUUCAGUUCUUAAGGACCUUAAAGUGUUAUCUCUCUGUGGAUGUAAAGGUUUGCAAUUGUUUAACUGGUUCUCGCAUUUAAGCUCUUUAACAUCAUUAAAUCUACAGAGGUGUGGCCUAGCAGAACAAGUCCUUCCUACCAUCUGCUGCUUAUCCUCCCUGCAGAUUUUGAAUUUGAGCGAAAACGAUUUUGCGUGUAUACCAAAUGAAAUUGGUCAUUUAUCCUCUCUGCAGCUAUUGGAUUUGAGUAAAAACAGUUUAGUGAGUAUACCAAAUGAAAUUGGUUUCUUAUCCUCUUUGCAGCUAUUGAAUUUGAGUAAAAACAAGUUAGAGAGUAUACCAAAUGAAAUCGGCCAGCUAUCCUCUUUGCAGCAUCUAGACUUGAGUGAUAGCAACAUUGUGAGUAUGCCUGAGAGCACCUUAAAACUUUCUGAGCUUACAGAACUUCACUUGCUUAGGUGUAGCAAGCUACAGGCGUUGCCACAAAAUCUUCUAUUCAAUCUGAAACAUGUCUAUGCACGAGAUUGUCCUAUGUUUAAAAAUGCAGAUACUUUGACAAUAUGGGCUUCAGGGAGAGGGUUCUGUUUCAUAAACUGCGGACAAUCAUACCAGGUUGAUGAUCAGCUAAGCUGCAUCACACUUAAAGUUCCUGAAGACCAAAUUGAACAGCUCUUUCCUAAAUACAUUGAGGACCGAGUUUAUGGUAAAAAGACAUUUGAAAUUCGUUUUCCGCACAGUACAAGAAUUCCCAAUCUCUGGAGUCAUUGGAGGAGUGGUCCUUCAAUAGCAAUUCCACUAUCUGAUGGCACCAGUGCAUGUAUAGGAUUUGCUCUGUUUGUUGUUUUUGAAAUCCUUGAGAAAGGCAUUUUCAACAAAAUUUGGGAACUGGAGGAGACCAUCUGUGAAUUUCACACGGAUAUUGGUCGUGAAAAUUCCCUAGUUUUUGAAAACUUCAUAGACUUCACGGCGGGUUCUUAUGCACUUUGUUGCUAUGAACCGCGAGGUGGGCAAUAUCAUGGGAUUUUUGAUAAACCAAGCUCACAACUUCGAGCUUCAGUUUCAACAAAGAGACCGGAUUUAAAAGUGAGAGGUUGUGCGAUACAUCUAAUAUCAGAGGACAACACUGCAGAGUUUGUAAAAUGUGUAGCAAAUCAGACUGCUACUCAACACCUUGAUUCCAAUUUUGAUCAACACUGCGAGUACAUGUUUCAUGAGGAGACAGAAACUGGUGACCUGAUGGAACUGGGAUCUACUUCAACAUUCAGUGAAGAUUGCUGCACCAAAAUCAACUCUAAUAUCAAACUCAGAGGAGACCUGCUGAUACUCUAUAAGGGACGCAAUGGACGUGAGAAGAAGAUGGGUGGGAUUAGAACUGUAUGUUCAAUUUUCUCAGUGUACAUCUACUUCGACACGUGGCAACAAUAG